ACCAGCAGCAAUCUUUUGUGGAUGAUAUUUGUAAAAAUCUAAAACAUAUUAUUCGCUUAAGGGACCAGAUUUAACUCUCAACCUCCAAAUCCAACCCAAUAUUCUCUCUUUUGGAGCUAACACGUGAUUUAAGCGCUACCAUCUAAAGAAGCCCAUCUCCCCUGUUCUUGACAUUGCUCGGUGUCCUUUCAUCAUCAAACCAUCCCAAACAAAAAGGAAUCAUUUUGCGUUUUCUGCGGCGGAUUUGAAAUCACCAACUGUUGUUUUACAGAGAGAGAAAUUUGAGUUGUUCGACGUGACAACAACGUGAUGGGUAGUGGUACUGCGGCAAUGGAUUAUUAUUAAUUUAUUAUAUGAUAUAUUAUUGAAUUUUUUUUGUUCAGUAGAGACAUUGCCUUCUUUAGAUGAGAAGUUUCUCCGAAACUGCACACGGGUUCGUUCUUCAAAGUCAUUGUUUUCUCCGACAUGUUGUAAUUCAAAAUUUUCUUACAUUGAAUAAUGUAAAUUGUUCGACUUUUAUUUGGAUGAUUGGAUACGGUCUCGUUCAAGCAAGCUUUGGAAGGACUACUGGGUCUUCUGUAAAUGGUUACUUGUUGGCGGAUUUUCCAUUUGUUUUGCCAAUUCUGAUCUGGGUCAUCUUGUCCAGGGAAGGACUUGCAAAUUUGAAGACUUUCGAUGAGGGAUUGAUGGAUGGUCAGUUUGGAAUUCCUUUGCCUUCUAGCAAAUUUGGGAAAUAAUUUAAUUUGGAUGUGGAUCCAAAAUGUUGUGUUGUCUGAGAUGCAUUUCAGUCCAAGUUAACAUCUUUGCAUUACUAAUAUUGAACUGCGGUGGAUAGGGUUUCAUGGAAAUCUUCGGCAAUACUACUCGAGGCAUAGUUUAAUUUUGGAGUAUAUUUUUAUUGAGGGAUUGAGCCAGCUUUUGAUAGUUGAAAUUUGGAUGAUUUCUUCAGCGAUUGGUAGAUGGUCAAUUUGGAAUAACUGUGUGCUUUCUAGCAAGUUUGGAAAAUAAUUCUGAUUUGUACUGAUCCAGAAUUGUGCAUUGUUUGAGAGACAUUUAGGUCCAAUUUAAUAUCUUUUGCAUUACUAAUAUUGAACUGGGGCGAAUAGAGUUUUCACAGUAGUAUUCCGCAACCUGCUUGGAGCAUGGUUUAAUUGUCUGAAGGUUCUAAAGAUUGGACAUUGGGGCCUUUUGAUUGAAUUAUUCAUUGUUUAUAUUUUCGUUUGGCAAGCAUAUUGCAUAGAAUCAUGAACCUGGCUCAGGUAGACCAUAUGAUUGAUGGAGAAGAUGAGGAAUUGGGCCGAGAAACCGCCGCGCACACACCUCUCUUUCCGGGUAUGGUGAGACAGGAAGCUUAUAUUUUUGAUGGGCAUGGGAAAUACUAUAAUAAAGAUUGGGAUCUUGCUGAAGGUGCAGGCAUUGGGUUUUGUUGGUAUCAUGCAGAACUUCCAAGAACUAAUCAGAAACUCUCACAAUUUGCAGAAUAUCUCAUUGAUGUUCUUUGCCCACCUCUGAGACUCCAGGACAUUCUCUCUCUUGUGAGCAAUGGACCUUUUUGCUCAUAUGUUGAUGGCGCACUUGUAUUUAGAGUUAAUUCACCAGGUUCUCCGACAAGUAAAUUUACAUUUAAAUUAGCUGCUAGAGUUACUGAGAAUUCAGUGAUUACUGUGUCUUUGGGUCGUGUUCCGAGAUUAGGUUUCUCAUCUUUAGCUCAAUCUACUAUUUUAACUGAUAUUCCUAGUGUGGCGAGGCCGUAUGGUAGAGGUGAGCAGAAAGAAGGAAGUGGGUUUGUGAUAAGGGAGCAUGAACUUGAGUUCCUACUGACAAUGAACCACUCUGAAGAAGCCGAUAAUCCAGUCCCAAAAUCUAUUUCAAAUCUUGUUGUUCACAUUAUAGACACACACGUGGAUCACCUGCAAGAUGUUGUUACCAAGCUUGAGAUAGAAUUGGACUCUUUGGAGCUUGACUUGGACAAAGGUGGUUUUGCUUUGAAGAAACAAAUGCUAGAUGAAAGAAGAUUCCCCAAGAUGCAUCUUAAUUUGCAGCGUCUCCUGCAGGUGAUUGCACACGGAGAGCAAGUAUUUCCUAGAGUUAAAGAAAAAUGUUCUUCGAAACAUUGGUUUUCCAAUGAAGACAUUAACUCCCUAGAAGAGUUAAUUGGACUUUUGAGGAGGCUAAAGGAGAGUGUAGGAUUCAUCGCAAAUCGUGUCACAGCAAUUCAGGCUGGUCUAGACAGCUGGCAAUCGGAGCAAAUAAACAAGAAACUAUAUUAUCUUUCAUUCCUAUCACUAAUAUUUCUUCCUUUGUCUAUCAUUACUGGAGUGUUCGGAAUGAAUGUGGGAGGAGUUCCAUGGACAGGGCAAGAUAACACCGAGCUAAAAGAUGGUUUCCGCAAUGUAAUGUAUCUCUGUGCAGCAAUGCUGCUCCUUUUGCUUCUGGGUUUCACCUUCCCAACAAUUUAUACCCGAGCAUCUGCUUGGCGAAGGAGGAGGGCAUUGAAAAGAAGCUGGUCUCUCAAUAGGAAAUCAUUCCUCAAGAGAACUUUUCCUGUUUCACAAAGAGAGGGUUACCUUCGGCUUUGAGAGAGAGCCAAUGCAGCACAUAUCCCUUUUGACCGCCUACAUUGUUUCCAUCUGAGGAAAUGUAUCUUUGACCCUCCCUGUAUUUCCUCUCCUUGAUAGAUGUGUUUCCUCUUGUCAUGUCCACAUAAAUCUUCUCCUCGCAUUCCUUUUCGAUUCCUUUCGUGCAGGUAUACCAUUGCCAAUAUUUUUAUCCACCUGCCAUUGUUGUGCCUGUCUUUGAAGCUUGUUUCCCGGCUCAUAAACUUUGUCGGUCUCCACCAUUCCUCUUAGUUCGCUGUGAAUGAACUUUGUUGCCCCAAACAUUGUGGGCACUUAAUCCCUUUUUCCCCUCCUUCCACCAUCCACACACAAGUAUGCAAUUAGCAUUUCUGUCUCAUCUUCUUUUCCCUGUAUUUCUACAUUUUUCCCAUUCUAGCAAUCGCAAUGGUGGAUUGACUGGUUUAGGUUUGUAAAGUUAAAGCGACAUGGAAAAAUUUGUUUGAGAACGAGGAUGAUAAACAUCAUUCUUACCACUCUAAGUAGUUACUCGGGGGUGGGUGUUGGUGCAAAUGAUAUGUAUUCUCUAUUGUAUAGUUGAUUCGAUUUUAUUCUUUACUUCACUUGUAUUCCUUUGAUUAUAGCCAGCCAUGUAAGUCAGUAGGUGAGACCAGAAUAAAAUAGCAAGUUAUGUA